AUGCCUCCCAAACUGUUCGCCUUCUGUAUUGGAAUUGACGAGGUUCACUAUAAUCUUUUAGGCUCACCUGGUAGUGCUGAGACUAUGUACCCGGACGCAGAAAUUGUCAGCUUGACGAAUCAGGCAGCUACUCGAAAAAACAUACUCGACUCGCUCAAGGUGCACCUCACUGAGAAUACCGAUAUUUCGCAGGAUGACCCGAUUCUCGUUUAUUUCUCUGGGUACGGAACACGGUUCUCAGAAAGGGAGAGGGAUGUGGAUGCGCUUGUACCGCAUGAUUAUUCACUGGAGGUGCCACCUAUAUUCGACUUUACUCUCCAUGGACUUUUCGAGGCGCUCGUCCAGACGAAGGGUCCCAAUGUCACAGUUAUUCUGGAUUGUUGUUUCUCCGCGAAGCUAACACUGUCCAUUGUCAACAUACGUCGAAUCCAAGCCCCCUCUUGGUCGUCCCACCUUGUAGAUCUCCGUCGUGAAAAUACUCUGGCUGACUACCGCGGAUUCUUCGCCGAUAGCCCACCAUACGUGCUUAUCGUUGCCAGCAGUAAACAUAAACAUUGCGGCGAAACUCAAGAAGGAGGGUUUUUUACUCAGGAUAUGGUUUCGGCAAUGUGGUCCUCUUGGCCAUUAAGUUGUCGAGAAGUCAACGUGCUUACCCAGAACUGGGAAACAGGCACCCGAGCUCAAGUCUCUAACUGCUAUGGUCCAUACCUGGACCGACUCCUCCUUAUGCCCCCAAAACUUCUUCCUAUCGCAAAACUACGCAUAUCUUCCCCUGAUAUCGAUCUUGGUGCUACUUCAGCGGAGGAUUCCCUAUUUCUUGUCUCAAGAAGAUGGAACGCGAAUAUAGUAGUGCAUGCCUCGAGCCAAGGCGAAGCAAACAUCCAACGCCUUGACCGAGUGACAGCUCGAUAUGGUACCCGUUUGAUCCCAUUCGCACUGGCAAAAGCUUCUCAGGUGCUGGAUGGCGUCGCACGGUUCAACUACUACCUCAAUCUUCGCCCAUCCACUGAUAAACCUUCCUGGGUGCAGCGGCUCUUUCGAUGGAGACAAUCCAACUCUUCCCCGUUCUCUAUCGAGGCAUAUCACUUCCGACGAGACGAAGACAACAACGACGAGAACAACGACGCAUGGGUCUCUGAAAAUAUUCUCCAUAAUGGCGUUGCCUUUCUGGACAACGUUCCAAACAACCAUGCCAUUGGCCUCAAAAUCACCAACACCAGUGACCAGGCCAUGUACCCAUACGUCGUAGGCUUUGAUACAGACACUUAUGAAAUCAAUGAACUAUACUCACCAUUGCGUCAGGAUGAGUGUUCGGAACCAAAGCUGUUGAAGCCAAAUGAAUCGCUGAUCUUUGGUCACUGUCCGGCUUCGACUGCCCCAACCUUCUACGUUCCCGAGACUCCUUUCCGUAUUACUCUUGACAAAGACAAAGUGGAACGAACGGCCGAGAUCUUCAAGAUUAUCCUCGCACAAAAACCAGUUGUUUUACGCUACAUGGAACAAGCUCCGCCCAUCACAAGCGCAGAGGAAAGAACCAGGGGGGCCUACGCUCACGAGGAGAUUCCAGGCCAAUGGCGGUCACCUGCGUUCGAACCUAAACACAAGCUCAAGGUCUUCGGGGCUUUGGAAUAG